GCAGCUCAGGUGUUUCUCUCCUCGCUGUUUAACAGAAGAAAGAAAACCACCGGGAGAACUGGUUCUGUUUCUGGACUGGACCUGAGCUGGACUGCUCGAGGACAGACAGGCGAUGCUGAUUAAUUGAGGAGCUGCUGUUACUGUUUUUCUUUUUUUCUUGUUGGACUUUGAUGGAGGGGCAGAAAGACGGACUGAUCAGGACCUGCUGAGACGUGACGGGUCGGUGAUCACCAACAGCUCAACAGUUGAGAUGGGCUGUCUGGGAGGGAAGACGGAGGAAGAACGACUGGAUGAAAAAGCAAAGAGAGAAGCCAACAAGAAGAUCGAGAAACAGCUGCAGAAAGAGAGACAGGCUUAUAAAGCUACACACAGACUGUUACUGCUGGGUGCAGGAGAAUCAGGUAAAAGCACCAUAGUGAAACAGAUGAGGAUUCUUCAUGUAGAUGGCUUCAACGCUGAGCAGAAGGAAACAAACCUCCAUCACUAUGGCGGCCGUGCAGGGUUUCACCUUUUCUAUGGCUUUACCAAGAAACCUGUCCGUCAGAGUCCUGAGGAGUUCUUUGAGCAUGCUCAGAAGCUGUGGGAGGACGAUGGUGUGAAGGCGUGUUUCGAACGCGCCAACGAAUAUCAGCUGAUCGACUGUGCUCAGUACUUCCUGGACAAGUUGGACUCAGUCAGGAGGACGGACUACACACCUACUGACCAGGAUUUGUUGCGUUGCAGAGUUUUGACUUCAGGGAUUUUUGAAACCAGGUUUCAGGUGGACAAGGUCAACUUCCAUAUGUUUGAUGUAGGAGGUCAGAGGGAUGAACGGAGGAAGUGGAUUCAGUGUUUCAACGAUGUGACGGCCAUCAUCUUCGUAGCAGCCAGCAGCAGCUACAACAUGGUGAUCAGAGAAGACAACUCCACCAAUCGGCUACGAGAAUCUCUGGACCUGUUCAGAUCCAUCUGGACCAACAGGUUUCUGAAGACCAUCUCGGUGAUCUUGUUCCUGAACAAACAGGACAUGCUGGCUGAAAAGAUUCUUGCUGGAAAAUCUAAACUGGAGGAUUAUUUCCCUGAAUACAAAAACUACCAAGUAGCUGUUGAUGCUGUUCCAGAUGCUGAUGAAGACCCCAGAGUGACCCGAGCCAAGUUCUUCAUCAGAGACGAGUUUCUGAGGAUCAGCACGGCAAGCGGCGAUGGGAAACAUUACUGUUAUCCUCACUUCACCUGCGCCAUUGACACAGAGAACAUCCGCCGCGUCUUCAACGACUGUCGUGACAUCAUCCAGCGCAUGCACCUGCGGCAGUAUGAGCUGCUCUGAUUGGCAACUGGGAGCUCACCUGGCUCUGCCGCCCUCUUGGACAGAGACAAGCAGCUGAUCUAGAGUCUAAUCCGAUAUCUAAUCAAUGCGGAUAGCUGAUCAAUACUUAUAGAUCGUGACAUAUUUAUACCUUUUAUGAUCCGUUAUAUCACAGACAUUUAUCAAACGCUAUCAUCAGUUCAAAUGGACUGUGAUGGAUUAUUGAUUAGGACAGAUUGAAAGUACCUGUACCUUUUUUUUUUUUUUUUUUUGUACCUCUGCCUGAUGCAAGGGAUUGUGGGUAGUGUAGUUCUGAUGUUGCAAGGGAGCACAGUAUGUGGUUUAACUGCCGUUGCCACAGCAACAGUCUGAUAUGGGAGGAGACGGAGUUUGGAAAAGUAGUUUAGGCUUUUAGAAAACCUAAAAAAAAAAAGGAAUCGAAAUAUAUUUUUUCAUGUCUCUGAACUUAGAGUAUAUUAUUAUUCUUUUCCCUGAAUGUUUCAGACUCUCAUGUCAGUUCCUGUCCUUUCAAGAGUUAGCAGCUAGACUUGAUCUAGGAAGAUUUUUUAAAUUUCUUCAAAAUCAAACAUCUAAGAAACUGAACACCUCCUUUCCUCAUUGUAAAACAGUGAUAUUAAAGAGUUUUAAUGUCAAAGUUUUGAUUUGCUGUUACUCAGUUGAAUGGACAAUAGAUCACUUACCCUAACAACAAU